GCAUGUGGACGACAGACACACCGGAGACGUGUGCGGGGACUUGAUGCUGACGGCCGGCCUCUCAUAGGAGCGCAGGACCCGCCGUGAUGGCCGGGGGACGCAGAGGACUAGUGGCCCCACAAAACACUUUUCUGGAAAAUAUUGUCCGAAGGUCUAACGACACAAACUUUGUGUUGGGAAAUGCCCAGAUCGUAGACUGGCCCAUCGUUUACAGUAAUGAUGGCUUUUGUAAGCUGUCCGGCUACCACCGUGCUGAGGUCAUGCAGAAAAGCAGCACUUGCAGCUUCAUGUAUGGAGAGCUCUCAGAUAAGGACACAUGUGAGAAAGUUCGGCUGACUUUUGAGAACUAUGAAAUGAACUCAUUUGAGAUCUUGAUGUACAAGAAAAACAGAACGCCGGUUUGGUUUUUUGUGAAAAUAGCGCCUAUACGAAAUGAACAGGAGAAGGUUGUGCUCUUCCUGUGUACAUUUAGUGACAUCACAGCAUUCAAACAACCAAUUGAAGAUGACUCCUCCAAAGGAUGGGGGAAGUUUGCUCGUCUGACUAGGGCUCUGACUAGCAGUAGAGGGGUCUUGCAACAACUGCAACCCACUGUACAUAAAGGAGAGAAUGUACAUAAACACUCGCGCCUUGCUGAGGUUCUCCAGCUGGGCUCAGAAAUCCUGCCCCAGUACAAACAAGAGACGCCCAAGACCCCUCCUCACAUCAUCCUGCACUACUGUGCCUUUAAGACCACCUGGGACUGGGUCAUCCUCAUUCUCACUUUCUACACCGCCAUCAUGGUCCCCUACAAUGUCUCUUUCAAAACCAAGCAGAACAACAUCACCUGGCUGGUUGUGGACAGCAUUGUGGAUGUGAUCUUUUUGGUAGACAUUGUACUGAAUUUCCACACCACAUUCGUGGGCCCAGCCGGGGAAGUGAUAUCAGACCCGAAACUGAUUCGCAUGAAUUACUUGAAAACCUGGUUUGUGAUUGACCUGUUGUCCUGUCUGCCUUAUGAUGUCAUCAACGCCUUUGAGAACGUGGAUGAGGGUAUCAGUAGCUUGUUUAGUUCGCUGAAGGUGGUUCGGUUGUUGCGUCUGGGCCGGGUGGCUCGCAAACUAGAUCACUACAUUGAAUACGGUGCGGCUGUUUUGGUUCUGCUAGUUUGUGUGUUUGGGCUGGCGGCCCAUUGGCUGGCCUGCAUCUGGUACAGUAUUGGAGACUAUGAGGUGAUUGAUGAGGAUCAUAACACAAUACGUACGGACAGCUGGCUUUAUAUGCUGGGUGAGACCAUCGGGUCACCCUAUCGCUUCAACGCCAGCGGGACAGGAAGAUGGGAAGGUGGACCAACAAAAGAUUCUGUCUACAUUACGUCUCUGUACUUCACCAUGACCAGCCUGACCAGUAUUGGCUUUGGAAACAUCGCUCCCACCACAGAUGGGGAGAAGAUCUUCGCCGUGGCCAUGAUGAUGAUUGGAUCUCUCCUCUAUGCUACCAUCUUCGGUAAUGUGACAACUAUCUUCCAGCAGAUGUAUGCUAACACAAACCGCUAUCACGAGAUGCUGAACAGUGUGCGGGACUUCCUGAAGCUGUACCAGGUGCCCAAAGGCCUGAGCGAGAGGGUUAUGGAUUACAUCGCCUCCACGUGGUCCAUGUCCCACGGUAUUGACACCGAAAAGGUUUUACAGAUCUGUCCUAAAGACAUGCGUGCUGAUAUAUGCGUGCACCUGAACAGGAAGGUUUUUAAGGAACAUCCUGCUUUCCGUUUAGCCAGUGACGGCUGUUUGCGAGCUUUAGCCAUGGAGUUCCAGACCAUCCACUGCGCUCCAGGAGAUCUUAUCUACCAUGCGGGCGAAAGCGUGGACAGCCUCUGUUUUGUGGUGUCAGGGUCACUGGAGGUCAUCCAAGACGACGAGGUGGUUGCCAUUCUAGGUAAAGGUGAUGUGUUUGGGGAUGUGUUCUGGAAGGAGGUGACUCUAGCUCAGGCGUGUGCUAAUGUGAGAGCGCUAACAUACUGUGACCUGCAUGUGAUCAAACGGGACGCGCUUCAGAAAGUCUUAGAAUUCUACACCGCCUUCUCCAACCACUUUUCACGAAACCUCCUGCUUACGUACAACCUGCGCAAACGGCUUGUGUUCAGAAAGAUCAGUGAUGUGAAGCGUGAGGAAGAGGAAAGGCUGAGGAGGAAGAAUGAGGCCCCGCUGAACCUCCCCCCUGAUCAUCCCGUCCGCCGUCUGUUCCAGCGAUUCCGCCAGCAGAAGGAAGCACGUCUCGCCGCUGGGCGUCCCAAUACCAAUGACUCUGAUCUCGAGAAGGGCCAAAUCCACCACGAAGUCAUCAGCCAAGAUGUAGUUGCCACCACAAGCAUCAUCACGGUAACCGAGAUCCCUGCCACACCUAUCCCGUCCCACCAGAGCAAAAACCGUACCCUGGGUCCAUUUGACCAGGCCAAGCUUAGCGCCCCUGCCCCAAAUGUCCCUCAGACAGCAGAGCCACGUGCACGAGGAUGGGCGAGGUUUAGGGAGAGCAUGGCAAAGCCAGAAAGCUGGGGAAACGUUCCUAAAGCAGAAUCAAUGGAGACUUUGCCAGAGCGAAGCGAUUCUAGAAAGAUUUCGGAGCCCAGUGGACUGAAGAAGACCGAUUCCUGUGACAGUGGCAUCACCAAAAGCGACCUCCGGCUGGACGAAGGUGGUGCCCUCACCCCUGUAGACCGAAGCCCGGUCCAGCCUGACGGAAAAUCUCCCCCGAUCCCACCAAUUCCCGAACACACGCUGCACGCCUCGCUCCUGGAACUCCGGACUGAACUUAAAGAGGAGCUGUCUGCACUCGGUAACCGAAUGGUUGCCUUGGAGACACAGGUUGCUGAGGUGUUGAGGUUGCUAAGGAGAAGAAAGACUCCGACCUCUCCCAUGUCACUCUUCCAGAUCUCACGGCCUACAUCACCAGACACAGACAAGGAGGACAUGUUCCCUUAAAGAAAAUGAGUGUCCCUCCUCCAUAUCAGCUCCACCUUGAUUUCCAUGAGGUCCAGGGGGGAACACAGAGAUUGACUCUCAUGCAUUGGCCCUUCUAUUCAGAACACCACCAACAAACCUGAUUAUCUUUGUCUACAUCAUAGAAUAUAUGAACUUGUAUGUAUAUUUUCUGAGACACACAUCUCUAGUGAGAGAUUGACAAACUCAGAUGAGCAUGUUGCGAGUUGUUGUUAUGAACAUACUGUGAGUGGUUAUGGAACAUGUUAGCAUGCUGUGUAUUAUUCUCAGGUUCGAGAGUUCAUUAUCGGGUCCACAGGAGAAGUGUCACCUGCUCCUCCACUACCUGAGAGCAGAGCGAGAGAAAAACUGGACUCAGAAGAAUGACUUAACCAAAACGCAACCAAGGUCAUAUCAGACAUAUCAUACAUUUAAUAUAAACCCCUUUGUGUGAGGAAAAUAGACUUUGUUGGAGAAAGAAAGAAAAGAAGCUCCAAACUCUGUUCGAAGUACAUGAAGAUUUAUUUCGGUUAUAAAAAAAAUUACUUUUUGUACAGUA